AGGCAACGCCGAACGCAGACGCCACACUCGAGACUGCAUUCAUGAGUAUUAUCUUUACUACAAUAGUACCUACUAACAGUAACAUUGCAAAGCGCGGCCUCGCCAGACAGUAUUUCAUUGAGAACAUCGUGUGACACCCGAAUUUUCCAUUCAUAUUUCAAUUAAGAUGUCCAGUAAUGUGUCAACUUAUGUGACUGCCUCGAUAACGGCAGCAGGAGUGCUGGGAAGCGCUUACUGCGCGUACCGCCUCUACCAGAACUAUCAGGACAAACCAACGAAACUACCAGAAACAUGGACGCAAGUCGGAGUUCUGAAAACACUCAGCGUGUUCCCGAUAAAGUCAUGUGCACCUAUUUUGUUGAAUCAGGCUGAAUGCACUCUUCUGGGGCUGAAAGAUGGCUGGCUCCGUGACAGAGUACUGAUGGUUGUCGAUGAGAAAAACAAUUUUAUAACAGCCAGAGUUUAUCCAGAACUGUUUGGUGUGGUACCUACUUUCAAGAGUUCGGUUCUCACCCUCAAAUGUGCAAACAUGGAGCCAGUUAGCGUUAAUCUCGCCGAGGUGGUGGCUACACAAAAGCGUACUAAAGCUGUAGUAUGGGGUGACCCAGUUCCUGUCUACCACUGUGGCCGUGAAGUCAGUGAAUGGUUCACUAAAUUGAUUAAUCGCAAUGAAAAAUACAGCCUAGUCUAUUACGCAUCUGAAAAUUGUCGUAAAAUGGUGGUCAAUGCUGAUAAGUACUACAAAUUUGGAAAGAAUGAUACGGGUGCUUUCCCAGACGAGGCAUCCUACCACCUCAUCAACGAAGCAUCGGUGGAAGAUCUGGACAGCCGCGUGGAGAACACUCGCAUCACGUCGGAACACUUCAGAGCAAACUUCUUGCUCACUGGUGCUAAGCCCUAUGACGAAGACAACUGGAAGUUUGUCAAAAUCGGCGAAAAUAUUUUUGAAGUCAUAAAGCCUUGUAUGAGAUGCCUUUUGACUACUAUCGAUCCAGAAACCGGAAUACGUGACCCCAAAGUAGAACCUCUGACAACUUUAAGAAAGUAUCGUCUAGCGGCGACCCCAGCUGAGCGUAAAGCGGCAGGAAACGCUCCACGUAUGGGAUUACAGAUGACGCUACGAAGCGGACCAGGCGGAUUAGUCUCAGUCAACGAUCCAAUUUAUGCUGCUUAAUUUUUCAUUUUUAUACUUUAAGUUAAUCUCCAGUGCCAAUUCUCAAUGUUUUAAGAUAAAGUUCAAGGAAGAUUAAAUAAAAUUUGACGAU